UAACCCGUUCUAUUUGACGUCUGCUUGACUUGUUAUUGUUUAUAGAUAUUAUUGUGAUGGAUGGAAGCAAUUGUAUUACAGCACCGGUUUUUGAAAGAAUGCGAACUAAAAAUGAAUGAUUCUUAGAUGUCUCGGCAAAUAAUGCGACUGCAGUUAUUCAGUUAGUUCUAGUUGACAAUUUAUUAUAAAAGAAAAAGAUGUCUGUUGAAACCAAUUUAAUGCAACUCACGGCAAACUUCCCCGCUACAAAGUUUUCCGAAGUGAUUAACAUUAACGCAAUAUGCCGCAUUUGUACAAAUCACAGUGACAAACUAAUUGGUAUCUACAGUGAGGAUGGGAUCAGCAAUGGUUUGGCCGAUAAAUUCAAUCUUUACCUGCCCAUUAAAGUAUCACUAACCGAUCACUUACCACUGCAAUGCUGCUGGCAAUGUGCAUCUACUCUAUUAGCAUGGCACGACUUAGUACUUACGACCGUUGAGGCUGAUCGAAGGCUCAGAUCAUAUCAAUUUGUCAAUGGCAAACAACUAGAAGAAAUGUCUUAUGGUGCUGCUCAGAAUAUUUUAGCGGCCACUACUGACGAUUCUUUGCUAAUCGAGGAUUCAAUGUCUAGACAUACCAAUAGUCACUGCGAUACUAAUGGAAUCGAAUUGUUGAUCACUGAUUGUUCUUUGCAAGUUGAGGAUAAUCUGAAAGUUGAAGAAUGCCAUCUUGUAACUUCACCGUUUGUUGCGGGUUCUGAUUGUGUUAGCACUUCUAAGAAAGAARAUCAGAUAGAUUUUARUGGUCAACAGGUCAAAGUUGAMAAUUAUAYCAAGAACAGCCCUUAUCAAAGCGAUACAGAAGAACGUAAURUUCGYAAGUUUGAUUGCACGUAUUGCCCGAUAGYAUUCACUGCUCAAUCCGACUUUUUGCGACACUUAAAGGAAAUGCAUAAGGAGUGCAAACUUGAUACAGAUUUARCAUCGAAAACUGAAAGUGAACAACCACCAAAAAAAGCGACAACAGAGAAAGCYAAUUUAAAAAAACGACAAGAACGUCGAGUUGUUCGUGGAAGACAUAUGACCAAACAACCACUAUCAAAGCUUAGCGGCGAGGAAGUGAAUAAUGCRAAAGUAGAAGUUGAUGGAAGAGUGUUUUACAGAUGCAGGGAAUGUGGGAAGACUUUACACUCCGUGUACACAUACAUGUGGCAUACGAGGAUACAUACAGGCGAACGCCCCUACGUAUGUAAUCUGUGCCAUAAAUAUUUCAGAGUCUCGCAAGGCUUAAUCAGACACCUUAAAGAGACACACGAACAAAUAAAAAAAUUUGAUUGUGAUAUUUGUGGGCGUUGUUUCGCAACUAAGCGCAGCGCCGAAGAGCAUCGUCGCAUACACACCAAUGAACGUCCAUAUAUCUGCGCUAAGUGCGGGAAAUCGUUCAAACAGAAAGCAUCGUUGUUUGUUCAUAAUCGAUCUCACAGCACUGAGUUUCCCUACACAUGUUCAGAGUGUCCCCUAAAGUUUAGAACUAAACCCGUUUUGCUAAUUCAUGCCACCAAACAUACCGGCGAAAAACCAUAUUCGUGUGAUGUUUGUGGCAGAAGUUUUAGAAUAAAAUACGAACUUAAAAGACAUAAACUGAUCCACUCGGAAGACAAACCAUUUAUUUGUCAAGUAUGUUCUCAAGCUUUCAGACAAAAGAGAUAUCUGAGAAAUCAUUUAAAGUUAAACCACAAUAUUGCUAUACCCAUGAAUGAACUGUCGCAAUAAAUACCUCCGAUUGAGAAAGGUAAUAUCGUUGUGUUUUGCAUGUUAGGUACUGCGUAAGUAUUUACCUUGUGAAUUUAAACUGCAAUAUUAAUGUAUUUGAAUUCACAUGAUUCAACCUGACCGUUUCUGUCUGUGGAUGUGAAUAUUGCAGAGCUUUUCCUUAAAUCUGGAUGAUCAUUCUUCAUGGUUAACUUUUUAUAUUAAUGAUUGAAUAUUAUCGAGGAUUAAUGAUAAAAUAUAGCUUUUAAAAGUACAAAGUACUUCGAAAAAUGGGCUUCAAAUUCAAUAAAAAAAUUAUACACAUUAAGAUUAAAGCAUAACCAACCACAAACGCAAAACUGACUACGGGCUUUUGAAAUAUUUCCAAAAUUGAUAACAUUAUAUGUAUUUGUACUUAACUUAUUAGGUAUCAUUCAUCGAUUUAUUUAUUAGACAUUUUUGUACUUGUGUAUCUUGUAACACAUUGCCCGAAACACGCAUAAACAAAUAUAAAAUAAUUUAUUGCAA